CAUCGAUGAUGGAUUCUUGCACCAUAUCUCCUGUCCAAUGAAUCUUCGGAAAGUACCCACUAGUAUCGUACCGUAUCGACACCAUUUUUUUAUUCCAAAAAUCUGAAUCCUUGCCGGGAAUUGAAGACCAAGAAAAUGUCAGUGCAACUUACAAUUGUCAACAAUUUUCAUGCGUUGAAUGAGGCUAAAAAUGCGACCAAAAAAUUUUGACCAGAGCCCAUCAGUCUGCAAAUCUUCCAACUUCUACCUUGCCUGUAUCGCCCCUCUCUGUAAACUUCCCCCCUGAUUCUUCAUUUGCAUUAUUGUGCCCCUCGAUAUACACAUAUUUGCUGCAUGUUUAUAGACUCUCCCUUCUGUGUAUCAGCAACUUCCAUUAAUCUGGUUUGAUUAUCGACCGGGUUGGAGUCUUUUUCAAAUUGGAAGAAGAACUUUGAUAGGUGAUUGUGGAGACUGAUACUGCUUGAUCAGAGCACUAUUGAACCUCAAAUGAGCAUAUUGAGUUAUUCUAUGACAAAUUAGGCUCAAACUACAAUUCUUUGACUCGGCUAGCUGGGAAGUGUAUGAGUUGCGUGGAGCUUCGUAAUUGAGGAUUCCUCCAUUAAGUUUUGGCCUUGAUAGAUGCAAUAUUUUUGCUGUAUUUCGCUGAAAAUGGCAUUAGUUUUAUUAAGUCUACUGUUGUUGGUGCAAUCACCAAGAAUAUCUGCAUCUGGGUUGUUGCAACAUAGAAAAGCCUGUGGAACAUAUCACAUUAGCUACUUGGGUAAUCCUGAUCGGGAAUUGUUCUAUAUUGAUGGAAAUUUGGUAGAAAAAUAUUUAUUCUGCAAGGCUCUCAGAAUAUAUCACGAGAACCAUUGCUUGGUCACAAGAAAUAUCGGAAAUCAGUAUUGUGGAUUGGAAUUUUCAUUAGAUAAGUUGCCUUUGGAGGUGGGAAGAAAAUUUUUACGAAAUGUGGUUCGAGAAGGAUCUACAGGGCACGAUUUUGAUAAAACAUCUCAGUUGAAAAGGGAUAAAUAUGCUAAUAACCCAAUAUUAACCCCCAAAAUUAUGGCAAUGGCAGCACCAGCUUUCUUUGUUUUAUGUUGUGCCUUUCUUUGCCCUUGCUUUCAAGCAAGAAAGAGGGAACUUGGCCAUACUAUUCUGUCCAAGGAGCCAAAUUCAAUGGAUUCAAUUUCGUCUUUAGAAAUGAGUUCUGUUUCUGAGAAGAUUCCAGCCAGUCCACUGCGAGUGCCGCCUAGUCCUUCAAGAUUUUCCAUGUCGCCAAAACUUAAUAAGGUUGGAAAUGUUCAUCUUUCUAUGAGCCAAGUUGCCAGAGCAACACAUAAUUUCGCGCAAUCGCAAAUAAUAGGCGAAGGAGGGUUCGGAGCUGUCUAUAAGGCCAAGCUACCAGACGGCCUCGUCGUUGCCAUCAAACGGGCAAAAAAGAAGGAACACUUUGAAGCAUUGCGGACUGAAUUUAAGAGUGAAGUUGAACUUCUGGCUAAAAUUGAUCAUCGGAAUCUCGUCAAGCUGCUUGGUUAUGUUGAUAAUGGAGAUGAGCGUCUGAUUAUUACAGAGUAUGUGCCAAAUGGUACACUUAGAGAACAUCUAGAUGGACGGAAGGGAAAGAUAUUGGAUUUCUGUCAGAGACUUGAAAUAUCUAUUGAUGUUGCUCAUGGCCUAACCUAUCUCCAUCAAUAUGCAGAGAAGCAAAUUAUCCACAGAGAUGUGAAGUCCUCGAAUGUUCUUUUGACUGACAGCAUGAGAGCCAAAGUUGCAGAUUUCGGGUUUGCAAGGAUAGGUGAGAUGGACUCUGAGAAAACAUAUGUUUCAACCCAAGUAAAGGGCACAGUUGGUUACCUUGAUCCAGAGUAUAUGAUGACAUAUCAACUCACAUCGAAGAGUGAUGUAUUCUCAUUUGGGGUACUGUUAAUAGAAAUUUUAACUGGUCGUCGACCUUUGGAUUUGAAGAGACCACUCAAUGACAGGGUGACAAUUAAAUGGGCUUUCAGGAUGUAUAAUGAAGGCAAAGUUUUGGAGAUUUUAGACCCUAUGAUGAAGGAAACAGUAGAUAAAGAAAUACUGGCGAAAAUGUUUGGUUUGGCCAUCCAAUGUGUGGCACCUACACGAACUGAUCGUCCAGACAUGAAAUCAGUUGCAGAGCAGCUCUGGGGAAUUAGAAUGGACUACUCGAGAAGCGGAAGGAGAGAUUGACGGGUGAGCAUUGAAAACAAUGUUUAUACGGUGUUGCUAUGGUUUUCUAUUCAAUCAUUAUUCUUUAUGAACAAAGGACAAAUGAGUUAGAACACAUCUUUCUUGAUGGAUACUAGCUUGUGCUAACAAUAUGAAUCGAAGAAUUAAGUUGUUUGUAAUUGCAUUCUUUUUGUCGUCUUCUUUCACUUCCCUUCAACAUUUUUGGGUUACUUUUCUAAUUCAUGGAUAAGGGUGGGAGCGCCAACUUUGCAUUUUCAUGCAAUUCCUGCAGUAUGCCAUGAGAAUUUCUUGUAAAGAGAGGAGAUUAUCAAUGAUUCGACAGUACUAUAUUGUUUAUAUU